AUGGCAUUGCUUAAUGGCGCUGACGGACAUAACGGCUCAAGCGGUUCGAAGCUCGAUCUAUCGACGGUCAUACAAGCACUCGACGUAAUACACAACCCUGCCUCAAAGAACGAUCAUCGCCAUUCGGCUACAGCGUACUUGGAGAGCCUCAAGGAUCAGGAUGGUAUUGCAGAAACUGGCUUUAUUCUUGCCAACGACAACUCUCAGCAGCCAGUUGUUCGAUACUUUGGCCUUGAUGUUCUCGAGCAUGUGAUCAAGCGACAAUCUUUUGCCUUGAACGAGCAAGGCAGCGCAAACUUGCGAGACCUUAUCCUUCGGCUGAGCUUGACGAUCGAUAGCACUCCUCAACCAUUUAUACGCAACAAGAUAGCAGCCCUCUGGGUCGAACUGGCGAAGCGGUCCUGGGCACUAGAUUGGUUUGACCUGGAUGAGAUCCUCCAACAGCUGUGGCUACAAUCGGAUGUUUCCAAAGAGUUCGUCCUGCAUGUUCUGGAGAACUUGUCAGAAGAUGUUUUUGUUCGAGAAGACCCAACGGCUAUUCUGCGAGAUCGCGACCUCAACAAUGCUGUGGUAGAGAUCUUUACCUCUCCAGCGAAUUAUGCAGGUGGACUAGUGAUUGGCGACACAAAACAUCACAUGCGUUGUGGGGCGGAAGGCUGGACAACCAGGAUAUCCUCUUUCUUACAAGCAUUACUAUCGAGGAGGACGGCUACUAAAGAGUCACAGCGGCUGUGUGGUGCUGUGCUUGUGACUCUCCGUUCAGUUUUCUCCUGGAUCAUGUCUCCUGCUAUUGUCUCUGCUAAUGCUAUGUCGGCCGUCUGCGAGGCUAUGACGCACCCAGACACACACAUCCGUCUUGCAGCUAUCGAUACGCUUCUCGCAUUCUAUAGCCGCAAGAGUCUCGAAGCUGUUGAGGUUCAAGCACUCGUACAUCCACUCUGCCUCCCUGCUAGCGUCGGUGUGUUGGAGCAGGUGUACAAGACUGCGAUUGUCGGCCCGGAUGAGUCGUUUGAUCCACGUUAUGCUAUAUCAAAGAAGCUUGGGGAGCUAAUGUACCACCUUGCGACAGGUCUCGCAAGCAUGAGCCCUCCAGAGGACGUCGACCUCGUUCCCUACUUGACGUUGCUUGUCGCUGUGGCUGAGCACGAUAGUCUGUUAGUCUCGAUCGCAGCCAUUCACGCCUGGCACAGACUGCUCGAAGCCUGGACUAAUCGAUCUAGGUCGUCGGCUCUGGAACCCUGCAUACAACCGAUACUGCAGGUUGCGAUGCGAAGAAUCAUUGCAUAUGAUAUGUUACCAGAAGACGAGCCCGCCGUUCAGUUUGUGAACGAGGAAAUUGAGCUGUAUCCAGAAAAACAAGGGUUUUACCUCAACUAUCGUCGUUUAUGUUCUGCAGUCAUUGAGAGCAUCAGCGCAGCUUAUUUACAGGAUGCGUUGGGUUUCGUGCUUUCAUCAGUCGAUGCUGGUCUGGGUGAAGUGAUUGCAGCAGACCGAACCGAGGAAUUAAACCAAUAUCAGAGAUUGUCGAUCAGUAUGCUUCGGACUGAUGCAUUGCUGUCUGUUAUUGAUGCCAACUUCAAGGGCAUCUUCAAAUUCAAUUCGACUCGAGUGAAUGAGGAGAAGCAGGAAGACCGACAACUACGAGAUCAAUUGUUGCAACAAUGCAAGCAAUGGGCCACGAACAUGCUUUCACGUUACAAGUUUCGUGACCCCGGCACAACAUUGCGACAAAUCAAGACUGCUGUAGAGGCAUCAAGCAAGCUGCUUAAGAUGGAUACUGAGUUCGCUUUCAGUGUGUUGCAACAUAUUUUAUCGUCCCUGGAUACACCACAAACGAACAAUCCUAUCUUAGCAGACUCCUAUGCAGAAUUACAUCAAUAUGCUAUCCAAGAGCUGCGCAGAUUGUGCUCGGACCAUGCGACGUAUUUCAUCACCUUCUACGAUCAGCUUGAGAACAACCUAGGACAGAUCAUGAAUAGCAAUCUGGAUCAGAAGUUCCAGAUUGACCUUAAAGCAAUCUUGAUGUUGCUCGUCGAGCAUGCAAGUGGUGUUGACAGAAAUAUACGUUUAGAACGACUACGAAGCUUUGUAAACCCGUUGAUUUCAGCAUGGAGCCAACAAGAAGCUGCAAUGUCAACCUUCGAAUCAUUCAUAAGAGCCCAAGCAUUCGACAGAGUGGGACCGUUUAUGACUAGGGUCAAUGCGAAGAAUCUGCAUGAUUGGACAACAGUAACCCUUGACGAAGAAGGACAGCAAAUCCAACGAGCCAUGAAAGAUGGCGCUUCACCACUACCAUUGCGGGAAACUAGAGUUCUCCUCAAUGCUCCUGAGGACUUGCACGAUAUCGUGUGCGAAGUCUGGGCCCCUCUAUUGAGACCCAUAAUCCAAGGUGUGCUCCGUCUUGCGAGCUAUAAUCACCAACUGCACGACCCUGCUGCGUGGCCUAAUCUGUCACCAGACCAGCGAAGCAUUAUGCAAAGACUUAUGCGAGAUCGUUACUGGCAGUCUGGCAUCUCAGGAGGGUCAAUGCAAGAAUUUCACCACAAAGUCAGGGCAACCAAGAUGACCUUGGAAGGCUUUGCGUCGUCCGUUCGAGGUCGCAUACGCACGAAUCUAGAGAAUUGUUACAGCAUUAUUCACACUUUGGGAAGACUAGGAUCACAUUUCUAUGGCAUACCAGAGUUACCUGACACACUAUCCGCAGCACUGCUUUCGAGUUCAGCGCCUCUCAGCCCUCAUCAUUUUGGUCAACUACUCUCCAUGCUACCAAAGCUCAUUGAAGAAUGUCCACCCAGCAACAUGCAACACUUUUUGACACCUGUUCUAGCCGAAUUGACACUGCAAAUUGAUCGCAAAUGCACUUCCGAGUGGCAGAAGGUUCAUGCUAAGACCGCUGGCGAAGCUCAGCAACAAGUGAAUGGAGAUUUGAGUGACGAGAUGCGAGACGAGUCUGUUCUACGACAAAUGACAACGAAGGCCGUCAACAUAGUGACAUCUUGGAUCGAUGGUAAUCGCGAAGUCAAGCUAUCUACUGCAAAACGAGUUGUCAAUAGGGCGGACACCAGUUUUCGUAACUUCGUGCUGGGUAACCGAACUAUCCUCGAGCCACUUCUGAUGUUCUGCACUCACAGCAUCGGUUAUAAAGACACUAAGACUUCCUCGACGAUUAUCCCCGUAUUGCAGAAGUUUGUGCCUGCUUUCUCUACCGAAGUCCACCUCUCUGGAUCGGAUGCAGCAGCUGUACGAGAAUUUAUCUCCACUGAGAUGCUGAAAGCGGCGAUCAACAGUCUGAAUGAUGGCUAUUUUGCUGACUAUCACCAACAUCUAGCUGUAUUGAUUGCGCUGAUUUGGCUAUCGUAUGGGUUGCCUGCACACAUAGCUGCUACGGAGACACAGCCUGCCCACCAUCGACCUCCUUGGACAGAUACUCCACAGAACGUCUUACUUAGCAUUCCAGGCGUCGACCGCGUUCAGGUCGACCGGACUGGCAUGCAGCUUGCUGUGCUUGGACUUGCAGGGAAACAGCGCACGAUGCGAGCACUUAUAUUGAAGUUACUAGAAAAUGUUAGAGGUGUGCGUAUGAGCGAGCUUGGUAAAAUUGACAACAAGCAGGAAAGAUCCAGUCUUCUCGAGAAGUACAAGCAAAGAAACUUACUGGGCAUGCAAGCUGCUGUGGACGCAGAAAGAGCUAACCUGAAAGAUGGAGUUGACUUGGAAGGAGUUGCUGAUAUGUUUGGAUAG